GACCCCUACACUAGAUAUCUGAUGUGUGUUUCGUCACGGGCAUCCAAUGUAACACAAUACCCGUCUCCUGUUCAAUACUAGCCCCCUUUGCGAGUCCUCAUAGUAUAUGUAAUAUAUUUAUUCUAUAGCGUUCGGAGAGAAUCCCCCUAUCCACCUACUUAUGUCCGGCCGUCUGUCCACCUAAACCUUUGUCUUACUUCCAGCUGGUUUGAUCAUUCCACACUUCUGCACCUCACCUUUGUUCUUUUGUUCGAGGCGCAAGUCGGCGCAGCAUGCCAUCGCCAACAGCGGUCUAUCAUCACCUGCUUUAGAUCCUUUACACCCCGUCAUAGAAAGAUGUGGCGGCGGACGUAUCUGUUGCUCAUCCUGGUCAGGCUCUGGUUUGCCCUUUCACCGAGCUAUCUGCAUCCCGACGAGAACUUCCAAGGACCAGAAGUCAUCGCCGGUGGGUUACUUUCCUCUGCUUACAGCUUCUUAGCUAACGAGAUACCUUGCGCAGGCCGAGUCUUUUCCUACCAAGUACACCUCACCUGGGAGUUCACCUCCGAGAAUCCUAUCCGGAGUUCGUUUCCGUUAUGGCUGACCUAUGGCCUACCAAUGUAUAUUCUGCACUGGAUAUGGGAGGGAGCUGGGAAGGGCGAGGUGCCUCCAUUCAUCGUAUACUGGGUGCUGCGCAUUAUCAUGUUUACUUUGAGCUUCGUUCUUGAGGACUGGGCCAUACACGAGCUCGUACAAUCGCCGAGCCAGCGCCGUCGCGCAGUGCUGCUCGUGGCAUCGUCUUACGUGACGUGGACUCUACAGACCCAUACAUUUUCGAACUCGAUCGAAACUCUUGUGCUAGCCUGGAGUAUGGUUUUGAUCCACCGCAUCGUCGAGGACAAGGAACGCUCAAGCGCACUUGCUUGCACGUUACUAGGAUUCCUCUCGGUGCUUGGAGUCUUCAACCGUAUAACAUUUCCUGCAUUUCUUCUUGUACCCGGGCUACAGCUAUGUCCUCAUUUCAAGCGAAAGCCAUUCUCUCUGCUUUUCAUAAUACUCUCGGUCGCCUUUACAACUUUCCUCGCCAUCGGUUUCGACACCGCAUUCUACCAGAACGAGACCUUAAACUUUAUCGAUCUUGUCCGCCGUCCCGUCAUCACGCCAUUGAAUAAUCUGAUAUACAACUCGUCUUCAGAAAACCUUGCACAGCAUGGUCUGCAUCCGUACUACCAGCAUAUCGUUGCGAAUCUACCACAGCUUCUCGGUCCGGCGUUUCCCCUAUUAUUUCUCUCUUAUCGCAAAUCAUUACGCCUCGCAUCUGCCGUUGCCGGCAUACUUCUCCUCUCCCUGUUUCCGCAUCAAGAAGCGCGAUUCCUUCUCCCAACGAUACCCCUUAUUCUCUCCUCGAUACGACUACCUAAAUACUUGCCGCGGCUCUGGCUAGCCUCUUGGAUCAUAUUUAAUGCUUUCUUUGGGAUACUCAUGGGGGUAUAUCACCAGGGUGGUGUUGUACCCGCACAAAAUUACAUCGCAGCUAGCGAGGAGAACAUCUCGCACGUCUUCUGGUGGAAGACGUAUAGCCCUCCAGUGUGGUUACUGGACGGCAAGAGCGAAAACUUGUCCACAAUCGACCUCAUGGGGCUGCAGGGAGACCUCAUGGUGGCUCGUGUGCAAGACGCGCUGAGCUGCGACCACUCCCGCACUCUAAACUCCACUUCCCCAGCAAGCGUCUACCUUGUCGCGCCUCGCUCCGCGUACUAUCUAAAACCAUAUAUACAAGGCAGCGAUAGCGCGACACCAAAUCUGCUCCACCUCGAAGAGGUCUGGAGCCAUACAAGCCAUCUGAACCUAGACGAUCUAGAUUUUGGAGACGAUGGCAUCUGGCCAACACUAUCCAGAGUAGUUGGCGAUCGUGGUUUGGUCAUUUGGGAAGCACGGAAAAGUUGUUAAUGUAUUAAAAAAAUUGUAUUGGGCUUGGGCUGUGUUUGGUUAAAAGGGCACGGCGAUGUCUACCCUUGGUGCAGCGCCUUUGAUGCUUCUAGAUUUAUACCCCUGUACACUUACGGCCUUGGCGCCUCGUCUUGACUAUCGAUCAUCUUCUUUGUCUCUCUCGUAUAUGUACUGAAAAGACUAGCUUCGCAGCAAUCUCACUUUUCUUGCAAUACACGGACACGUCACGUUUCCUUAACCGCACUGAUGCUGCAGCGGGAGAGAGA